CGACGUCGUCGUGUCUGGCGCGCUCGAGCUAGCUUGGAUCCUCUGCCCACUCGCGACGAGCGAUCUCUCUCAUGGCCGACACUGCUCCACUUGCUUCGGAGGAAUUCAUUGAGUACAGAGAUAGUUCAGAGCAGGCGACCUGUGCAAGGACGGAGGACUGAGAACCAGGUCAAUUGUAUCGUUCUGGAGUUUUUGGGAAUUUUUGCGGAGCAGUUGACGAUAGGAAACGCGGAGGUUUGUCUUUUGAUCCCGCUGAAUUGCGACUUUUUACACGACGGAGACGAAUGCGCGACGUAAUUUGAUGGUUGUUCGAGCUUGAGGCUACUUCAUUUCAAUAGCUCUGGAAGCUGUUGUUAAUUUUUCUUGUUGCAGUCCAAAUUGCAAUCGCAAAUCACGAUCGACUGUUGCAGCAGAGCAUUUUCCAAGACGCUGCCGAUGGUUGGCAAAGCAAGGCUCAAGACGUAGGUUUACGGUUCUGUGGGAAUCAAUCAACCAAGAAUCAAGGCCUUGAAUGGAUGAUGAGACCAGUCGAUGCACAGAAGAUCAAUGCAGGAUUGUGUAUGUGCAUGUGUUCUUCUGCGCGGAAGUUUUAGUGGGCGAAAGCACGGGGAGAGAAAGGAAUGGAGAUGGACACAGGUUUACCGGAGGAUGACAUAGAUCAUAAUACUCAUUCAUCUGUGGUGCUUCAUGUCGACCUUGACUGUUUCUACGCAGCUGUGGAGCAUGUAAGGCUGGGUAUUCCAAGGGAGGUCCCUUUGGCUGUACAACAGUGGGAAGGGCUGAUUGCCAUCAACUAUGCAGCUCGUGCUGCUGGAAUUACUCGCCAUGAGCGCGUACAUCAGGCUAUGAGAAAGUGCCCAGAGCUUAAAUGCGUGCACGUUGAAACCAUUGGUGAUGGAAGUGGCAAUGUGGAUGGUACGAGUAGAGGCCACGCAAAAGUGUCACUUGAAAGAUAUCGGCAGGCCUCAGCUAACGUGUUCAAGAUAUUUCGACGGUUUUCUGACUUAUGCGAGAAAGCGAGUAUCGACGAAGCAUACUUAGACGUUACCAGCAGGGUGGAAAAGAUGAUGAUUCAGGGCUGUAACUGGGAUCAAGAAUUACAUCGACUUAUUGGGAACCAAGAAGAGGGUUCAGAAAUGAUAGUGCUAGACGGUCCUCUGGUUCCAUUCAAUUCUUAUGAUCGAAGGAUGCUGGCAGGUGCAAUUAUCGCUGAAAAGAUUCGAGCCGCAGUUCGAAGUGAGCUGGGUUACACCUGCUCAGUGGGAAUCGCCACCAACAAGCUGCUAGCGAAAAUAGCGUCUGCUAAGAACAAGCCUGAUAAACAGACGCUGGUACCUCCGAGAGCUGUUCCAUACCUUAUGCAGUCAAUGCCCCUGAGAAAAGUGAAGUUGCUAGGCGGUAAACUUGGCGAGGAAAUGACUGAGAAGUGGGGUGUCUCCACAGCGGGCGAGGCACAAGCCGUUCCCCUUCCAGCCUUGGUGGGCUGCUUUGGUGAACGACUGGGGAAUUACGUUUGGAAUGCAGUGCGUGGUAUCCAAAACGAUAAAGUUCAAGUAAAGCAGGUGUCGAAAUCUAUGCUUGCUGCAAAGACUUUCCACUCUACCAAAGAGCUAUCGGACAUAAGGAUGUGGCUGAGUAUUUUAGCAGAGGAGUUGUCUGUCCGUAUGCUGCGUGACUUCGAGCAGAAUCAUCGUCAUCCCCGUCUACUACAAUUAUACUAUCGAUCUGGUGAUUUCAAGCAUUCGAGAGAUCAUACAAAGUCAUGGUCUAUGCCCCAUGCUGCCCUCAGUCUUUUAUCAGCUGGUCCAGAACCAUCUUAUCAAGCCACGGAGAACCCUAAGCAUUACGAAGACCAAGAAUUAAGACUUGGAGAAGACCAUGGAUUAAAAGUGGACUUGUUUCAUGAGGAGAGCCUGCCUUUUGACAGGGAACAUCAUUAUGACGAAGAUGACGCUCAUGUGGAUGAAGACAGCCACGGAGAACAUUCAAAGGACCUGCUGGGUCUUGUUGUCUCAGAAAAAUCAAGAAGUCUUGCCAAAGUGCUAGGAGAGGCCUCAUUCAACAUGUUUAGGAGGCUUGAAGGAACGUUUCCGUGCUCUCGUUUGGCACUUGCUGCCGGUGGUUUCCAUGAACUUCCAGCUCAGGGCACAAAAUCUAUACAACACUUUUUUACCAGUAUUGGAAGAGGAAAGACUUCUCCGUUGGAGAACGCUCUGAGUAACGAACACAAGGAACGCAAGCCAUUGAAGGCAAAACCGAAAGCGAAGGGGAUGCUGAAAUUCUUCAAGUAUGAAGAACCUUCUGUAAUUCUAGAAGAAAGAUGCCAGGAUGCAGUGGAACAUUGGGACAAUUUGCCAGAUGGUCGUCAUGUUGAUAGAAAAGAUCAAAGCGCUUUGUUUGACACAACUAUUCGUGCCUCAAGACCAAAAUCGAAAGGACUGCACAAGUUUUUGAGUCAUGAGAAUCGAACAAUUCAAGAGGUUGGGAGUGGGAAAGAUUUCAAAGACUUGGACAAAUUGCACGAUGAAAUAGACUCCAAUAAAUUGAAGCCUUCAAACGAAGCAACUGAUCUGACUGGCGUUCAGGUUGAAGCGACAGGAGGUCGGUUAAGUUCUGCCUUCGCUACAGAGUUGGAUAUUUACCAAGCAAAAGAACUUUUCAGGUGGAUUCCAGAUCGCGAAGUGGACCACCUAUCUGGUUCAGUUGCGACCGGUAAGGAAGAUGAAAUCAGAGAUCAUCACCGGGAAUGGCCAGGAACUGGCCUUCAUGAGAAAGUGGAACCGUUACUAGCAACUUCUGGUGGAGAAAAUACCUGUGAGCGAAGCUGUCAUAUGGACGUAGGCGAGCUGGAUAUGAUGGAACAGAGUUCGGUACUCGCAACCAGACAACGCCCUAAUCAACAGCCCACAAUACUUGAACAAGAGGCACGGGCUGAGGUUGUGGCCACUCCUGUCAAGAGCUCCAGUGAGCCUUCCCUGAAACAAAAAGGGCAGUCGAAGGGUUUUAGUGUUCCCAUUCCUGCCAAGCGGCAUCGGCUGUCUACGUCAAAGAGAGGUCAACAAUCAAUUUCUAAGUUUUUCCGAACUCAAGAUAAAGCUUGAUUUGUAUAAAGCAAACCAGACUCUUGCACCAAUGCUUUUUUUGUCUAAUAUUUGAAAAUGAACCGUG